GGCCCUGGUGGCUAAGGGCUCUCUGGUCCAGACCAAAGGGACCGGGGCCUCCGGCUCCUUCAAGAUGAGCAAGAAGGCUGCCGAACCUAAGAAGGUCAAGAAGCCGGCCAAGAAAGCCGCUCCUAAAGCUAAGAAGCCCGCAGCGGCCAAAAAGCCCAAGACAGCGGCAGCUAAGAAGCCAGCAGCCGCUAAGAAGUCUCCCAAGAAGGCUAAGAAACCGGCAGCGGCUAAGAAAGCAGCUAAGAGCCCCAAGAAGGCUGCAAAGAGCCCGAAAAAGGCCACCAAGAGCCCCAAGAAGGUGGCCAAAAAUGCCCCUGCAGCCAAGAAAGCCCCAGCAAAGAAGGCAGCCAAGCCCAAAGUCAAGAAAGCAGCAGCCAAGAAGAAGUGAGCUGUCAACAGUCUCAUCAACAAACUACUCACAAAAAGGCUCUUUUAAGAGCCACCCACAUCAUCCUUAAAGAGCAUUUUCCUGUUUAUUAUCCUUCCAAUACAAACAAAAAAAUGUGAAAAAUAAAUAUGCAUAAUGUAUUACUACUGAAUAUUAUUUACAUUUCCUAAUUACAAAGGGAAAAAUAAACAAACUAACAGCUGUCUAUUUCCUCCAAGAU